UGGGUGCGCUGUCCCUUUAAAUGGGGACGCUGGCGCUGGCUCCGUAACACGGGAGCCGGCAGCUUGUUGAUUUCAGAGCUGGUGAAUUUCACAUUGUUUCCACUUCACUUUCCUCGCCCCGGGAGAGGCUCGGGUUGGAGCCACGGCCGCUGUCGCGGCUGCCAGCUAGGGCCAGAGGAGGGCAAGGACCUGCAGCACCCGGGCCGGCGUGGGGCCGCAGGAAAGGGUGUCGGGGCCACACACGCACCCUCGUUGCAGUCCAGCUGCUUCCGAAGCCGGGACGCCGGGCGCGCACACAGCCGGGACCGCCCGCCUAGACGCCCGCCCGCCCGCCAGCCCGCCCACGGGCCAGGGCCACAGCCAGGGAGCGGGCGAGGGGAGGAGGCCCAAGGGGGCGGGGUGGGGGGCGGGAGUGGGUGCUGCCGCCGCCGCGGAGCUGCUCCUCGGCGCGUUUUGCAUGAAGAUGGCGGCUCCCACCGCCAGCAAGGCAGCCUCCCUGGGCUGUAACAACAAGCCUGCGUUCCCGGAGCUGGAUUUCAGGUCCGGAGCCCGGGUGGAGGAAUUGAACAAACUCAUCCAAGAAUUCACGAAGCACGACCAGCGGGAAUACGAUGACCAGAGAGCGCUGGAGAUUCACACAGCCAAGGAUUUCAUCUUUUCCAUGCUGGGAAUGGUGCAAAAGCUGGACCAAAAACUCCCAGUGGCUAAUGAGUACCUGCUGCUCUCUGGAGGAGUCCGGGAGGGUGUGGUGGACCUGGACUUAGAUGAGCUCAAUGCCUAUGCCCGGGGCACAGACUACGAUAUGGACUUCACCCUUCUGGUGCCAGCGCUUAAGCUGCAUGACCGUAAUCAGCCCGUGACACUUGAUAUGCGCCACUCAGCCUUGUGCCACUCUUGGCUGAGCCUUCGGCUCUUCGAUGAGGGUACGAUCAGUAAAUGGAAAGACUGCUGUACCAUCGUAGAUCACAUCAAUGGUGCCACCAACUACUUCUUCUCCCCAACCAAAGUGGCCGACUGGUUCUACGACUCCAUCAGCAUCGUCCUGUCAGAGAUACAGAAGAAACCCCAGCGAGGGAUGCCAAAGGUGGAGAAGGUAGAAAAGAAUGGGACCCUCAUCUCCAUCAUUCUGGGCGUCGGGAGCAGUCGCAUGUUGUACGAUAUUGUCCCUGUGGUGUCUUUCAAAGGUUGGCCGGCAGUGGCCCAGAGCUGGCUCAUGGAGAACCACUUUUGGGAUGGGAAGAUCACCGAGGAAGAGGUCAUCAGUGGGUUUUACCUGGUGCCUGCUUGCUCCUUCAAAGGCAAGAAGGACAAUGAAUGGCGGCUGUCCUUCGCCCGGAGUGAGGUGCAGCUGAAGAAAUGUAUCUCCAGCAGCCUCAUGCAGGCCUACCAGGCCUGCAAAGCCAUCAUCAUUAAACUCCUGUCCCGGCCCAAGGCUAUCAGCCCCUAUCACCUGCGGAGCAUGAUGCUCUGGGCCUGCGACAGACUUCCCGCCAACUACCUGGCUCAAGAAGACUAUGCAGCCCACUUUUUGCUGGGCCUCAUCGAUGAUCUGCAACACUGUCUGGUCAACAAGAUGUGCCCCAAUUAUUUCAUCCCUCAGUGCAACAUGUUGGAGCACCUCUCAGAGGAGACGGUCAUGCUGCACGCGCGGAAGCUGUCCUCUGUCCGCUCGGACCCCGCCGAGCACUUGCGCACCGCCAUCGAGCACGUCAAGGCAGCCAACCGGCUGACCCUGGAGCUCCAGAGGCGAGGCAGCACCACCAGCAUCCCCUCCCCGCAGUCCGACGGGGGGGACCCCAACCAGCCAGAUGACCGUUUGGCCAAAAAACUGCAGCAGCUAGUGACUGAGAACCCGGGGAAGUCCAUCUCUGUGUUUAUUAACCCUGAUGAUGUCACAAGGCCCCAUUUCAGAAUUGAUGAUAAAUUUUUCUGAGCAUUUUACUGCCCUUUUUUUUUUUUUUUCCUGAUUGUAAAACUCUCAAUGUGUUGUGUGGUUUGUGAUGCUGUCUUUCCUUUUUUUUUUUUUUUUUUUUAAAUAUAUCCAGCCUGGAUUGGAUCUGUUAAGAACACAUUUUAAGUCUCCUGUUUCUGGAGGAUGGUGCAGGCUCUGAAACAGUAUAUUACUAUUUCAUAUUCUGCCUCUGGUUUUGUUGUUUACUUUUUGUAGUUAUUGUCACAUAGUUUGGUUUUUGUUUUGUUUUGUUUUAAGGAGAAUGUGAGCCAUAGGUGAAAAUGCCCAUCAAUUCUCUUGCUUUUUUCUGUUUCAUACUUUGCGCAAAUUUGUUACUAGGGAUGGGGAAACAAAACUCUUUCUGACACAUGAAGAUUAUUUUUUUGGUUUUGUCAUUUUUUUGUUUUUUUUUUAAAUGAGCUUUCAUCACUACAGAUACGUGAGAACCAUCUGAACCUGGGAACUACCUGGUGUGUUAGCUGGAUUGAAUUCUUUUGACCAGCGGCCAAGGUAGUUCUCCCCUCUCCACCAAACAAUGUAGACUCGGAAAGUGAUAAUGCUACAAAUUGUGUUUGAAGCAUCUUCAUUGAAUGUAAUUGUCCUCAAAUCAGAACUUUGGAUGGUUUGGAGGGUUUGAUAACUUUCUAAACAGAAUUAAGGUUUCCAAAUGGUAGUUUUAGUGUGUGUAAUUAUUUGAAGCCUUAUUUAAAUCCUGUUAAAGAACAUACCAUUAUAAUUGUUAUUUGCACUACUGAAAUCUUUGCCAUUGUCAGAGUUCCAAUGUGUGUGUUUCAAUAUAAAUUGACAUCCACUGUUGAAAUGCUGUCAGUUUUUUUUUCAUUUAGCCUAUUUCUCUCAAUCAGUAGAAUGAGUCUUCUGUUUGUUUAGUUCUGCUUUAAUCGUGGGGUCCUGUUGUGCCCUCUUUGAUAUUCCUGGUUCCUGUGUUACUGAGAGAAGUUUUUAAAGCUUUAUACCUGCUAAGUGACUUUACCUGAAGCUGGGGAAAAUAUAUACUUGAUAGAAUAGGUGUCUUUGUAUGGCUUUCUUUUGGGGUUAGAAAGGUAAGCUGUUUUGUAAAGUCUCUUUGCAUCUGAGAGUUUUAAGGAAAACUGGCAGGAAGAAUUUAUAAUCCCCAAAUAGAUGAUACCAUGCCUGUUCAAAAGCAUGUUUUGCUGCAGAGCAGGAGCCAGGACGUGUCUGUGGCGUGGCAGCCUUGGUGUCAAGGUAGCCUAUCUUCAUGAAUGAAAUUACUUGCCAGGUUUUGGUGCCACAAGGCAUUAGCUCCUUGUUUUGGUAUGGACUCGUGGCAAACUGGUGGUUGAGAGGUCAGGGAGCCUGCUGAUCUCUCAAAGGAUGACAAUGAUGUCUGCUAUUGGAAAGGUCAAGCAACAUUUUGGUUUUGAUCUCAAAUGUCCCGACUUACAGGUUCUCUUUGGGCCAAUUGAAAUCAGGCAUAUGUGGUCUUGGGUUUUUGCAUGGGAAUUAAUGUAAUGCUUAUAAAUGAAAAUGAACUCAUUCAACCAUUUCCAGUCAAACACACA